UUUUUCUCGUUUAUCCAGCAGUCUGCUUAGAUGUCAGAGCGCGCGCAUCAGGUAGCAUACGUUAAUUGUGAUCAUGCCGAGAACGAAGCAACGAAAACCAAGGCAUAUUACUGAGGAAAAUGAAACUGCUGAUCAAGCUCAUUUAACAAAUAUGAAGUCAGAUCUGAAAACAUCUCAUCAUUAUGAGAAUCCAGUUGACGAUUUGGACGUGGGAUCUGAAAGUGCCAGCUCGGAUCGUGGAAAAUAUGAAAUGGGUCAAGACGGCUAUAGUAAUACCUGCGAAGUGGUCCAAGAAAGUUCAAAAAGCAAAGAGCAUUCGGUGGGCGAGAACAAUGAAAGUAACACCCCGGAAAAGUUUGGGCAACAAGGGUUGGAGAGAGGUCAUGACGCCCAAGCCCGGAAAUCCUUCGCUGGCGAAAAUGUCAUAAAUUUAUCUCCAGUAUCAGAACCGGUAGGUAGUAUUGAGGAGAGGGGGGUGUAUGGGACAAAAAGUUCACACGACUUUCGUUACAAUGGGCUUGGGAGUUCGAGCGCUGUUCCUAGCGGUUUUGCUACAAACUCGAACCAGUACUGGCAGACAAUGAAGUAUUUACUAGAAAAUGGAACUCAGAGUGAAUUAGGGAAUAGUAACCUUAUUAAUUUCUGGAGUGCGUGGAUGAACAACAGAAAUCCGCAAGCUGAUCAAAUGAAUCUCAUUAACCAAUACUGGUCACAAGUUACUGAGAAAUGGAAUGCUAUGAUGAAAGAAAGAGAACAGGACAGGAAUCAUACCUUAGACAUACAAAGCGAAAACCAGGCUAAGGAAAUGAAAGAACAACAUCGUAAAAGUUCGUCCAACAGUGCCCACAAACCGGACGAAACAUCGACAAACGAUAAUACAGAUUUACAUGAAGUUGGAAUGAAGACAAAUAGCGAAGCUACUUCGUCUAUUCACGUACCGUCUCCCUUAACAAUUCCUGAGAAUAAGUUCAACACUUCUUCCAUCAGCCCGCAAUCUGCACCGGUGCCAGGAUUUCUACCACCAAGAAUGCAAGAGUAUCGGCCCUGGUCCGCCCCUCGUCUCACACAGUUUCCCAGCUUUCAAUUUCCGGCACCAUCAACCUACGAAACCAAACCAGGAUAUUCAAACUCAACUGCUCUCCAGGAAAAAGGCAAAACAUGCGAAGCUGAAACCGACAACAAUCAAACCCACGCUGAUAAAACUGAAGAGAAACAGUACGAGUUACCUUACACCUUUAAAGAUUUUAAAACAGAGAAACCGCCAACCAAGCCGCCUACAGAUACACAACAAUGUUCUAACACCACAGCAGAAAACUCAAUCACAACCGAGGAACAGAAUCGCAGAUUUAUGGACGAACUCCGGCGACGUUUCACAUUCCACCAAUCUAUUCUACCCGGGCAAUUCUCUAACCUGCCUAACAGUCCAAUACCUACGUUCUCAGACCUGCACCAAUCGCCAAGCAACAAGUCUCCAGUGUUUUACCCGUCACCAACGCUGCCCCCACAAUAUUACUUAAGAUUCCCAUCAACCCCAAGUUCCCCUCUAACUGAUGCGCGAUCUUCGUCAAUAAGUUCCGACUCCCCUGGUCUUCAACAAUCACCUAAGCUGCCAAAUAGCCGCAGAUCCCGCACAAGAGGCCCGCCCAUUGAUAGUGUUCACGCUGCUAUAGUGAGGGAAGCCAAGGAACAGUUCAAAGGCUUGGACCCGGAGAACAUGUAUAUUCAAUGCCCGAUUUGCCAAAAGCGGAUUAAACGUUUGUACCAUUUCCAGCGGCAUAUGCGUAUCCAUACAGGUGAGAAGACGCACCAGUGCCCGUGUUGUCAGUAUAAGUCAGUGCGAAAAGACAACCUCAAGUCGCACAUGAAAACACACGAGAAGCACACAAUAGAAAAUGGACGACGAGCAAAGUCAGGAUUCCAGAAUGUUCGCGAACGUGAAUCUGUCAACAUGAACGGGAUGACUCGAAACUGUGUUCGAAAUCGAGCAGCAGGAUUUCCACGGCCGCCUAAUAAACCGCCAAUGCUGUUUAACAGUUCAAAUGAGGGCUUGAAUUCCUGGAAAGAUGGUUUGAAUUCGCCAACGAUUUCUCACACGUAUCCAUACUCCUUCUACCCCUUCCAAACAAACCGAGCCAUCCCAUGGUUGCCCGAAAAGCCGCUGGCGAUGGAUCCUAUUUACAACAGCAAUCAUUCAGCUUUUAAUCUUUUACAACAGAAAACAGUUUCCCCCACUGUAAGCAUGGAAGACAGACAUUUCAAUUAUAACAGCCCACAUAAACAAGACGCUGAUAUAAAAAGUCCAAUCGGCAGCGAAAACAACAAAAGUCAAAAUCAACCGAACUUAAAAGAUAAUACUUCUACUUUUAGCGAUGUGAUUUCCCACCCUAUGCCGAUGAAACGAACCCACGAGUUGGCAAGACUGCUGCAGUCUCCAAUCGAACCCGUAACAGCAAAGCGGUUAAAAACAGAUCCCGAUCAAGACCACAUUUCGGCCGAAAUUGAGACGGCCGCCAACUCCAACUGCAACAACAACAAAAAUGGCCGGACCUUAAACCUGGGCACAGAUCUCGGCGGAAAACAAAACGACCAAGCUUUGAGAUGCGGACCAGCGGUUCCAUAUUUCAUGAGCCGCUGUGGAGAAAGCGUUGAAAAUUAUGCAGCAAAACCUUGGUUUUCGUCGAUAAACAGUUUGUCUCCAACUAAUACAAGCAAGCUAUCACCCAUAGCAAAUGACGUUGGUCCUCGGAACAGCUUCGACCCUGCAGAGCCUGAGAACAACAGUUCUGGGAGUGUAGAUGUUGCGCAAUCCGGAGCCGAGACGUACAGACAUCCUUGCUUAAGCCCGGAUUCACCUAAAAGUGAAUCCCACCACAGGGGCUUAACUAAAUCUCCUCCAGUUAAAGGUUGCGUGGCGAUUAAAAGCGAAUAUGAAAUCGGGUCUGCGGAGAAGCGAACGAACAACGAAGAGACGAAAUCCUUUCACGUAAAGAUAGAACCUUCGUCUUUUCGGCACGACCAUGACGUCAUCGCACACAAACAAAUUCAAAAUGGAGCCCGUGAUCCGAGUGAGAUUGACGUCUGUAAGGUCGCUCGUGCCUUCGCCGCAUUUUCACCGGAAAACCAAGUGACGAAUGAAGAUUCCGGAACAAAAGAGCUCACUUGUCGUCUCUGUUCACUUCGUUUCAGCAGCAACGCAGAUCUCCAAGCCCACAUGACAAUAGCACACAAACAAGAUGGCUUUUACAAGUGCGACGAUUGUAAUUACCUGGGCAAAAACUUAAGCAAACUGGUCGAGCACAUUCGUAUACACACCGGCGAACGACCCUUCAAAUGCGACCAAUGUAGCUAUGCGGCAAAACGCAAGGACAACCUGGCGCAACACAAGGCAGUGCGACACGACAAGAGAAAAACUCGACCAACCGACAUAUACACGAUGAUUGAACAAAUCGGUUCCAAUGGCGUCAAGUCAUCUCCAAACUGGGGCGGCGACAAACCAGAUCUUCGCAACGACCGAAGAAACAAGCCCUACACAGCGUCUGACGUUCUCUCAACCACCCACCCAAUGCUUAACAUUGCAACUUCUGUUGCCAACACACCCCUAACUCCCCCAUUUUACUCUUACCCGCCCCUACACCCAUUGCCCCCUAUAUUCCAAUACCCCUUUUACGCCUCCCACGCAAUGCUACACCCCGCCCACAUUAACCCCAGCUUAAACCCAGGCGUCGUAGCAAACGGAGAUGGACUUUCAAACCCCAACAACUACUCUUUAAAAGUUCGAGCAGCUCUGAUUUCCCCGUAACGAUUAAACUACAAACUACAAACAAUUCCCCGAACGGCCCCAAUUUAAUCCGCAUAUUUCGACGACGUCAAGCAAGCCCAACCCACCCACAGCGAAACUUUGAAAUUAAAGGGAGUGCAGCAAAGUAUUCCUAUACACCCAGGACUUGCGGAACUUAUCAUAUUUUCCGAGUUGUUUAUGGACGAGAUAUUGUUGGGAGAAGAAGGGGAACUCCCAGGAGAAUGUAUGGGUUGAGGUUGUUGUUUUGCUCGCUCCAUUUUUCGCCAUUUUGCUCGACGAUUUUGAAACC